CCCCUGACGCCCCGUCUCUACACAUAUCUUUCGGGGUACAUAUUUAACAAGCGUGAACAUUUGGACACCGAGGACCGCAAGGGCGCAUCGCAGUAAAGGGGCCGUUAGUGUUCUACACGAUCUUCUCGUAUCGCCAUGGGCCUGAGAAGUUGGAGGACGCUCCUUUCUUGUACAUGUGCCGGUGGGGCCAGGAUUGGCAUUUGCUAUAUGGGUUGGAUGCACUACUACAAAUGUAUUGGACUUAGUUUCUGGAGAGACGGCCAACUGAGUGGGCCCACGCCGUAUUGCUGCCAAGCAGAAGAAUCUGCAUUGCGGCCCCAAAUUCGGCUCUCGACGGUAGUCUCCACGCCGAAGCCGCAUGGCCGCUUAUUAUUCUCGCUAUCCACACCCGAAGAUCCGAUUCUAGACGAAAAUCAGGCCCACAUAAAACUGCACAGAAAGCCCCCAAGACGAAGAUAAGGCCAAGCUUAAAACUUGGUGCAAGACAUAGAUGGA